GCUGGUCGAGCUGCUUCGUCUCUGCCAUCUUGCAUGGGUACCAUCUUCUACAAGACCACCAGAGUAUGACGCGAUAGGUUACUGCCACCAUGCUUUCAUCCCAAGCUCUCACACUCUCGAAGACUUCGGUCACCCCUGGUAGCUUACGAGCUUUACCAACUGUUCUCGCUCGAUCGGGUGGCUUGCCUCGACGUCCUCGUCCAUAUCAACAAGUUCGAGCCUUUCGUAUUGGUCUGUGGUCCUCAUACCUUGAUGCAAACUUCCAGAAAGAGUUCCGACGCCGUCAGCGAAUGGUGAAGCACAAAUAUAUCGAAGCAUUGAAUCGAAAGCUAUCAUGGGAUCGACACCUCCCCAUGCAUCUCAGGCACCUUCGACACUCCGGCUUAAAGAGCUUCAUGUGCAGCGCUUGGCGUGGACAAGAUUCUAGGCCUGGUGGAAGAUGGGUCAAUUCCGAGGAUUUGGAAUAUAUGAAUGAGAGGAAUACAGAAAAGAAAGAAAGAGGAAUUGAAGAUGUGGAACAAAACGCUCUCAAUCAUUUACUCGAUAACCACCACAAAUUCAUUCGUGCCAAAGCUCGCAUCUUUGGUCCUGGUUGGAGCACUUGUCACUCAACGUCUUGGGUCUCUCGACCAGCACAAGACUCAAACACUCCUCCAACAAACGACAUGUCUGAUUCUUCCACCGUAUAUGGAUCCGAGGGCUUUCGUAAACGCUUUCACGUGCGUGACUACCAAGAAGAAGAACAGACCGAGUAUGAGAUAGACCCAAUCACAAAUAGAAAGGUGCAGAAGGAGCCUAGCCAACCGACUAGCGACAGGAGCACAUCCACCGACAUCCCAGUGAAGACUUUCAAGGGAUACCGAUCGCAAUUCAAGACAUUUGAACCUCCAAACGCUCCACCGCGAGAUACCACGCCUCGGUCAGUAUCUAAGCAGACCACAGCACAGCAUCGUUCAAGUCAGCCGUACAGUCCAUCCUCGCAUCAACCGGAAAGUUUUACUACUCGGCCGCAUGACAAGGAGGUGGAUCAUUUGGCGAAAUACGACGAGAAGGUUGGCUUCAUGUCUGGUCGCCAGUAUGACACUGCCGAGAUGGACAUCGAUUAUUCUCAUCAACAAGGACUGAAACGCUAUGACGAAAAGCUCUCAAAGAAGACACCAACGAACGCCACAACGGAAAAUACUUCUCCUGGUCAGAAACAUGCCCAAGAUGGCCUCGAAGCUUAUGACGAGAAGGUCAAAAACCAAGUACGGCAAUUCUUUGCUUCUCCACACGAGGAGAUUGAGCAAGCCGAUCCUGUGAAACAGGCGAUCGACCGUUACAAUUCGUUCAAGGAAUUGGAUGCUUCACGGGUUGUGUAUCCCAACAAGACUAACACUGAAGACAAAAUCCUUGAAGCCAAGCGAGACUAUGAGCACUCUGCUUCUCGAAAGGCGUUCAUGCGGGAGCAGCAAGCAGACAAAUUGUUGAAGUCUAUCCAGAAUUAUGAAGAGAUCAUGUCUGCGGAGCGACUUAAAGGCCAUGUGAUGGGCCCCAUGGGACAUCAGCAUCUACACCCGCUCUUAAAAGCAAUCCGAGAAUAUGAGGCAUCGAUGGCGGACAAGAGAACAAAUCCACGGGAGGCAGCUGCAAAUGACAGGACGGAUCCUUUGCUUCGAGCAAUCCGCGAAUAUAAAGGUCUCGUCUCACGCACCGGCGAGUCAAACCCCGCUACCACAAAGCACCUCGAGAUGGAAGCUGUUGAUCCUCUUUUGAGUUCAAUAGAUGAGUAUGAGGAGUCGGUGUUGCAAUCAGGUGCUCAAAGCAGCAGUCAUGCUUCAACUGAUGAAUGCUUGAAGUCUUAUGAUGCCAAGGUCAAUUAUUAUCAAGGACCGCAGACCGAAGACUCAAGCAGGCGUGUGUGGUUCUCGACUAGAUUGGACCCGGCGAAGGCUCACUCAGAGGCGCUAAAAGAUCAGACCAAGGCAAGGUCCUCUAGUGUAGACGAAACGAGUACUCCGAAAAGCUGGGCUCAUCUUCCCCAAAGAAUUCGAGAUCUCUUUGCAAGAGAGGCAAAAUCCGAGGCCGAGGUUCUCGAUAGAGCCAAAGAUGAUGUGACAGAGGAUAUAUCCCGCCUAAACGCCCUUCGUACUGCUUCGGAUGUCCAAGAGCCAGGAGAGGCCGAAGAGGAGAAGACUGCAAGACGGAAGGCAUUGGAGCAUGAUUUUGAGACGGCACAUAUGGCCGAGGCGGACGCUAAUUUGUCUGCGGAACGUCUACGCGAACGCACGAUGCUUCUCAAAUCCGACCUUGAUGAGGCGAGGAAUGUCGAAGUCGUCAAAGAGUUGAAGCCAACAGGCACGCCAAAGAAGAUGACUGGUAACUUCGUCCGGGAUUUUCCUGAAGAGUUUCAAACUGCCUGGACUGCGUCGGAGGAAAGUUCUGGUGGCUUGACCCGCAAGAUACCAUCAGACCAGGAGGUAGAAUCAAGUGUUCAGGGCAGCGAACAAGCGUAUAUCAUUGGCUUGGGUGCCAAAGAAGCAUUUUCUCGCAACCCAGAUGUUGAGAGGAUUGAGCCGUCUCUGGAUCGUACUGUGUCUCGUAAUUCGAAGUCGAUUGCGGCUGAGAAAGAUAGGUCGCAUGUCGGGGUCGGCCCUGCAGAACAAGGAGAAGGAGAUAUAUCUGCUUCCGUGUCAGCAUAUGUUACUCCCAAGGACAACGAGACUAUGAACAUGGAUGCACAUACCACCAAAGCUCAGUUGCAGAAGGAGAAAAAUGCUCAGAAGGAGCUUGACAGAGAAUUAGUCCGUGAAGUCCGUAGGAUCUAUGAAGAUUCUUAUGGGACCAUAGACAGCAAGCAUAGGCAGGUUCCUUCGCCAGCCAAAGGGGAAAGUUCAGUCAGUAAAGAAGCUGCCGCACUGGAGGGUGCGACAGAGACGCCAGAGCCAGCCAUGUACAAGAUCUUGGCCUAUGAUCCUACAAUGCAAUCAAUCAGCUCGGCUGAGACGACGUCAGUCGUACCAGAUUCAUCUGGCCCAUUGACACCAGCAGAGGUCCUUUUGCGACUGUCAAAUCCUGCCAAGUUCUUCCCUCACUUCGAGCCACUUCGAUCGCAAGGCUACGAAAUAGUCUCUGGUAGUGGUGAUGUGCUUGUAUUCCGCAAGGUCCGUGAAGCUUCGCCGAUGAAACCCGAGAAAGAGUAUUCGGCAGCUGCAAAGGAGGACCAGAGCUCUCUUGAGCACAGGAAGAACGUCAUGAAUCCCAUUGACGGUAUGACUCGAGGCCCAAUUGCGGCAACAGGUGACUUCGCCAGCCCGACUGGUUUCGUCAAUCAUGAUAUUCCCAGAGGCUCAGAGCCGCCGUUCAAGUCCAAUAUUGAUGUUCGACGAGAAGAGCCUGUCUUCAGUGGCAAGCGUAACUGGGAGGAUAAUGAAGGCGGACGAAAGAAACGAGGUGCUGCAAAGACGGUGUUGAUUGGCGCUGGCUGGCUUGCAGCCUGUUCAUAUGCCAUUGGUGUUGUUUCCGAAUACUUCAAGACUGGAGGAGUCGAUGGUCAGGGACCUAAAGGAUUCUAAGAGCUGGAUCAAAAGCUUCUUGAUAUUGGAGA